UCAGCUUAAUCUGGUGGUUUUGUUGACUCUUCGGUUGUUUGUGUGUCUUCUCAGAGAAACUUUCUGAUACUUUGCAUAAAUCUGUGGAUCAGACGGACGAGAGGGAGGAAAUCUGUCUGCACUUCACCAGAAACAGCUGCAAGUUCCAGAACGAGUGUCGCCUCGUUCACUUCCACCUUCCCUACAAGUGGGAGGUGUUCGAUGGGCUCACCUGGACAGACCUGCAGCACAUGGAGGACAUAGAGCGAGAUUUCUGUGACCCGUCCAAGACUCAGAGUUGCGGCAAUCGGCCCGUCAACUUCCUGACGAUGACUCAAGGGUGGCAGCAUGUCCGCCGUCUCUCCACGGUUUCCUCUGUAACAAAGCCACCUCACUACAUCCUGACAACUGUGUGGCUGUGGUACUACAAAGGGGACCAGGGGAACUGGGUGGAGUAUGGACAGCCGGAUGAAAAGCAGCGCACCACAUCAGUGACAUCACAGACUCUGGAAGAAGCUUUUCUGUCUGGCAGAACAGCUGAAGUCAAGCUGGUGAAAGGCCAACGACAGUACGUCAUCAGCUUCCAAGGUAAGUCUUAUCCAGUGUUAUUCUAGUCGAGACGAGUUAGU